UCCUGCCCCUCACCAAGGUCUCCCUGCCCAUGGCCAAGCAGCCCGGGCGCUCAGUGCAGCUCCUCAAGUCGGCGGACCUGGGGCGGCAGAGCCUGCUCUACCUGAAGGAGAUCGGGCACGGCUGGUUCGGCAAGGUGUUCCUGGGGGAGGUGAACUCGGGCAUCAGCAGCACCCAGGUGGUGGUGAAGGAGCUGAAGGCGAGCGCCAGCGUGCAGGACCAGAUGCAGUUCCUGGAGGAAGCACAGCCCUACAGGGCUCUCCAGCACACCAACCUCCUGCAGUGCCUGGCCCAGUGCGCCGAAGUCACCCCGUACCUGCUGGUGAUGGAGUUCUGCCCGCUGGGUGACCUGAAGGGGUACCUGCGGAGCUGCCGGGGGGCCGAGGCCAUGACCCCGGACCCGCUGACCCUGCAGAGGAUGGCGUGCGAGGUGGCCUGCGGCGUCCUGCACCUGCACAGGAACAACUACAUCCACAGCGACCUGGCCCUGCGGAAUUGCCUGCUCACCGCCGACCUGACAGUCAAGAUCGGAGACUAUGGGCUCUCGCACUGCAAGUACAAGGACGACUACUUUGUGACGGCCGACCAGCUGUGGGUGCCGCUGCGCUGGAUCGCACCCGAGCUCAUCGACGAAGUGCACGGCAACCUGCUCAUCGUGGACCAGACCAAGUCCAGCAACGUCUGGUCGCUGGGCGUCACCAUCUGGGAGCUGUUUGAGCUGGGCAGCCAACCCUACGACCACUACUCCGACCGGCAAGUGCUCGCCUAUGCCAUCAAGGAGCAGCAGCUCAAGCUGCCCAAGCCCCAGCUGAAGCUCUCGCUGUCAGAGCGCUGGUACGAGGUGAUGCAGUUCUGCUGGCUGCAGCCGGAACAGCGACCGACAGCGGAGGAGGUGCACCUCCUGCUCUCUUACCUCUGCGCCAAAGGGGCAACGGAAGCAGAGGAGGAGUUCGAGAAGCGCUGGAACUCCAUGAAGCCCAACGGCAGCGCCAGCGCCAGCCACCACGGCCCCGAGCUCUCUUCCUUCCCGCUGCUGGAGCAGUUCUCGGCCGACGGCUUCCCCUCGGACGGAGACGACAUCCUCACCGUCAUGGAGACCAGCCACGGCCUCAAUUUCGAGUACAAGUGGGAGCACACCAAGACCGAGCACUUCCAGGCACCCCUGGGGUCCCUGAGCCCCAGCAGCGCUGCCCGCUACCACGACCUCUACUACCCGGCCACGACCGCGGGGCGCCUGAGUUUGGGGGUCUCGCCCUCCUGCUACGAGUGCAAGCCGCCGGGCUGCCCUGGCCUGCCGGCGCCCGGCGUGGUGCCCAUCCUGGGCGCCCACAGCCCCUCGCUCGGCAGCGAGUACUACAUCCGCAUCGAGGGGCCUGGCGAGGGCAGCGCCGAGCUGGACUACGCCAUGUGCGCCUACAGCCCCGCGGGCGAGCGGGGGUCCCCGCACCCCCCGUCCUGCUGGAGAGCCCAAGGCGCCCGGAGCGGCAGCACCUACGACUCUGACAGCAGCCCCACCGUCUCCCUCAGCAUGGAGCCGCUGCUGGGCCACACGCCGGUGGGCGAGGGCUCCUGGGAGUGCGCCGAAUACUACCCCUACCCCUGCCCAGGGCAGGAGCCGCGGGGCUACGAGCCGUCCCCCAGGCACGGGGCCGAGGGGUACCUGCUGGAGGAGGAGCCCGCCCAGCCGGGCAGCCAGGACUGGCCCAUCCCCGACUUCCAGCCCAGCAUCUUCGCCGACCCGCUGGGCAUCUCGCCAUCGGUGAACUGCGCCUACAGCCCCCGGGGUUACGGGGAGCCGCGGGCAGCCCCCCCGGGCGGGCGACCGCCGGGGCAGAGCAGGGCCCGGCCGGACUGCGUGGCGCUGGAGCUGGGUGACAACAGCCCCCCCGGUGCCCCCCGCCCGCACGGCGCGAGCCCCCCGGCUCAGCGGCAUCCCUGGGCCUCCAACAGCUCCUCCAACAACAACAUCGGCAGCGGCAGCCCGGCCUCCGAGGCGCCUGCGCCAGCGCCCGGGGAAGCUGCCGCCGAGAGCGGCGUGUGUGCCACCGGCGAUGCGGACCAGACGCCGGACAAGACCUUCUCCAGCGCCAGCUUCCCCAGCGCAGACGAGGGGAGCGACGAGGACACGGCGGAGCUGACCUCCGGCGUCUUCACCGACUUCUCCGGGGACUACAUGGAGCGGGCGGAGGCAGCUCCGGCGUUCAAGUCCCUGCAGAAGCAGGUGGGGACGCCGGACUCCCUGGAGUCGCUGGACAUCCCCUCCACAGCCAGCUCCUGCGAGGUCUUCAGUCCCACCGCCUUCAUGCCCGCCGGCCAGCCCAAGGCCCUCGACAGUGGCUACGACACCGAGAAUAACGAGUCCCCCGAGUUUGUCCUCAAGGAACCCCACGAGCCCCGAGAACCGGAGGCCUUCAGCCAGCUGGGGAAGCCGCCCCCGGGGCUGCCAGGGGGUGAGGGCGAGGGUUCGGCCCCCGAAACGCAGCUCUCCACCUCCCUCGGGUCCGAGCUGCAUGGCCUCGCCGAGAAGAACCCCUACCGCGACUCUGCCUACUUCUCCGACUACGAUGCCGAGGCCGAGCGUGGCCCCAAGGACGAGGAGGACAGUGACGGCUCCCGGACCCCAGAGGCGGAGGAGGGUUCCCAGUCCCUUGCGCAGGACCUAGGGCGAGCCCCCGGGCCAGCAGAGGACCCGCUGCACCCCCCAGGGGCGCCCGGCAGCCCCCCGGCAGCACCCGGAGUUGCAGUGGCAGCGGACGCACAGAUGGCGGGGCUUUUGGUGGGGGACUGGCGGGGGGCAGAGGACGGGAGCGCCCCGGCCGGACCCACGGGGCAGGUGCCUGGCACCGAGCAGCGACCCGCUGGCACGGGGCUGGUGCUGGGCAGCUCCCCGCGCCCCAACGGAGACGCCUGUCCCCCGGGCUCUGCGCUGCCAAAGACUUUCUUCUUGACGCCGGUGCCGGCGAGCCCCGGGGAGUCGGCGUCCAUCGGAGGGACCCGCAUGCUGGAGGAUGUCCCUGGACUUGGGGCAGCUGCGGCCGGGGGCGAACAGACUGUGCCCCCCGUGCUGGGGCUUGGGGAAGCAGGGCUGCCCCUGGAGGGGACCGGGGCGGGCGAUGCGCCGGGGGGUCCCAGCACGCUGCUACCGGGGGACGACUCGCCCCCGGGACUCUCCCCGCUCCCGUCCACCCGGGAGCUGCGGCCGGUCACCCCUGAGCACCGUGAAGAGCCGGAGGAGGAGGAGGAGGACACGGAGGACAGCGACGAGUCGGACGAGGAGCUGCGCUGCUACAACAUCCAGGAGCAAAGCGAGGAGAGCGAGGAGGAGCCGGCGGCCGUGCCCAUCGUGGUGGCUGAGAGCCAGAGCGGCAGGAACCUGCGCAGCCUCCUCAAGAUGCCCAGCCUGCUCUCCGAGGCCUUCUGCGAGGAUCUGGAGCGCAAGAAGAAGGCCGUCUCCUUCUACGACGACGUUACCAUCUACCUCUUCGACCAGGAAAGCCCCACGCGGGAGCUGGCUGAGCAGAGCUUCCCGGAGCCCCCCCAGCCUUCGGGGCAGCCCCCCGCCGGUGGCAGCCCCCCCAGCCCGGCAGACAGGCUCGGUGCCUCGGACGACUCCUCGGACGGCAACGCCUCGGAAGAGAGCGGUGGCUUCGAGUGGGACGACGACUUUCCGCUCAUGCCCGUGAAGCCAUCCCUGAUGGCCUCGCUGACGGGGACGCCGGCAGAGCCCGACCCAGCCGUGCCCGCCCUGGUGCCGGCGCAGAAACAGGUGCUGCCUAUCCAGUUCUCCCGGUUCACCGUCUCGCCUGCCCCGGUAUCCCGGUUCUCCAUCACCCACGUCUCCGACUCGGACAUGGACUCCAUAGGAGGCAGCAGCGAAGACGGCGACCGGGAGUGAGCCAGCCGGGCACGCUGGUCGGGCAUUGCCCCGGUACCGGCACGGGG